UGGAGAUUGCGUUUGUGUUUCUUUGAGGAUCCACGAUCGAUUUUGAUAUGGAUGAUGGACAAAAGAAUAUGUAGGAGCAACUUUUCAGCCGCACGAGUUGUAUGCGUGUGGCGGGGACCAGGAGAGACGUUUUGGUGUGGUCAAUAUUGCUAGCUGAAAUGAUCAUAAAAGUGUCGUGGAGAUCAUCAUAUCCUAGAGUUCAUGUUUCGAGCUGAAAAUCUUCUAACUGUACUUUUAUUUGUUUCAUAGGCCUUGCCAGUGCUAGUAGUGGUACGUCCGCCGUCCAACUUUUUUCAGCGAGAAGAUAGAAAAAGAAUGAUGAACAACAUGAACGUGAACGGUGCGAAUAACAACUCCGGCAAUCCAGACUUUUGGACCCAGCAGCAGCCACAUUCACACGCUAGUAUGCAGCCAGUCGUGGGAAAUAACCCCUUCGCGACUUCGCAACAAGGUCCUUGGGUUCCAAGUGGAGGCAGCAACGGCGGCCAAGCACCUCCGCAGAUGAGCCCGCAUAACAUGUAUAACGGUGAUGCAGCCAACAGCGGUGCUCCAGUAGGUGGUGGAACCGCUUCCAUGUGGCAUCAACAGCAGCCGAUCAUGAUGAACAACAUGAUGAUGUCCGGAGGGGCACCCCCAGGAGGGAAAAUGAUGGGCAUGAUGCACCAGCAGCCUGGAAUGAUGCCUCCCAACAUGGGUGGAUAUUGGCCGGGCGGAAUGUCGCCAGGUUAUGACGCUUCUGCUUGGAAUCCCUACUACAACAACAAUGUGGGCAACCAACAGCAACAACAUACAGGAACGGGUCCUGGCGUUGCAAGACCCUACACGAAUCCGUCGUAUCAACAACUAAGUCAACGGAGAGCAGAAAUGAACAUGAUGAUGAGCAACAAAACCUUCACGAAGGGUGAGACACAGCAGGUAGUGACAGCUUCCAGCACAACGGGUAAUACCGCUGCAGCUGUUUCAUCAUCUACGACAACUACAUCUACAGCACCUAACAAGAUAGUUGCUGGGAGCAAUAGCAGCACCGCUGCGGGAGCAGGAGGUGGAACUGCUACGAAAAGUUCCACAGCUUCCAAGCUAGUAGGGCCACCCAAGAACUCCAACUCGUGCGCGACAACUGCCAAUGCCGGGUCCGCAAACAGCGCGAAGGUAUCAGCAAACUCGGCACUUGGCUCUGACUCGCCUGCUAUAACAUCAACCUCCGUUCUCGCGGCCAAAGGUAAAGCAGUUGCCCCGCCUCCAACAACAGUUUCCAGUAGUGGUGCUGCUGAGCAAGCUACUGCGGCACAAAAGUCUGCAUCCGGUGCCACAACUGCCGGGGGAGGCCUUUCCGUGUUGAGUAAUGCCACACUGAACAAGAAGGGCUACAGCUUUGCAAGUAAGGUCGUACCUGCUUCAGAAGGAGCUCAACAGGGAGAAGGCGUUAAUAAAAAGAGUACAAUAAAAUCAAAAACAGGUACAACAACUUCUUCUUCUAGUGCGGAUCAUAAGACAAGUCCGAUGAUGAAACAAGAUGAAGGCAGUGCAAGUACUAUGGCUCCUUUGACUAAGUCGAUUUCGACCACUUGCGAAGGAAAAACUUCUAGCACAGCUGCUACGUCCUCGUCCACCUCUGUAAAGGACAGGCCAGCGCGACCGCCACCGCCGAAAUUUGGCUUUUCCGAGAAACAGCCAAAUCCCUUCACGACGAGGACAACGAUAAACGCCAGGUCUGCGUCACGCUCACGCAAGCGGGAAGCGUCUUCUGGAAAAGAAGAUAGCCGGGAUGGCAAACGUAGAAGAAACAACACCUACAGUAGACUAACAAGAAGAAUAAGAAGGAGAAGUCGUUCCCGUUCUUCUUCGUGGUCUUCUCGUUCUAGAAGUAGGAGAAGGAGGAGUUCAUCUUCUAGAUCUAGAAGAACUGCAAGGGAUAAUCGGGCCGAGGGUUCAUCGCGCUUUAUUGAGCAGGGGGAAAGCGCCUCAUCUCGCUUUCCAGUUAGUGCUGUGAACGUCGACCGAAGACCACCAAAAAGAAUCGCACAAGAUCGACGAAGAGCAUCUUCGAGUCGUGGUCGAAGAGGCAAGGAGGACGAUAAGCGAUCCUCGAAAAAGCCUGCAGAAUCUUCCACUUCGAAGAAAUCCAACGAGGACCAACGAUUACCGGAAUCUUCACCACUAGCUGGCGCUGCUGCCAACAAUCUUCAGAAGGCCCUUCCUGAUCUGGAUAUCCUUCGACGGAUGUGGACCAACAAAGAAGGCACAUCAUCAACAUCAGCUUUCUCGUCAGUCCUUGCUAAAAUUCCGGACGGUCUUCGAGAGUACGUCGCGCAGCAACUCGGAGGACUGCAAAGAAUAGUCAAAGAGUGGCAAAUGCAUCAAGAAGGAACAGACUUCAGAAGUGCACAUCAACAUGGCCCUCCUUGGCACCAUGGAGGUUAUCAUGAAGAUCAGUGGGAUUGGGACGAGUCUUCAUGGGGAUGGGACCCAGCAUGGGAGGACUGGAGGAGCGGGGGUCCUCCGGGGCAACGGUGGGGAGCGCACCCAAAAUGGCAUUCUCAAUCAUCUUCCUCUACAACACCAUGGCACGGCGAUGCCCAUCUUGGUGGCGAUCCGGCUUCCUCAUCCUCUUCAACAUCCGCUCCACGCCCUGCCCCGCAGCCCCAGCCAGCAGCGAAAGGAUCGGCGUGGGCCGCCUUGCCUGAGACAGAGAAGAAGGAGAGAAUCAAGAAGGUGUUGAGCGUGUUGACCGCGAUGAAUCCGCAUCAGGCAAUGACGAUCUGGCAAAAAUUAAGGGCAGACGGAAAACUUCCUGGCGACCCCACGAAUGCUGGGACGACGGAAAACAAUAACAAUGCUCUUCCCUCAACCUCUUCGUUAUCUUCAUCCACUAGUCGUGGCCGUCAGCCCGUCGUCUCCAGAAGCGUCCUCCAGCCGCCACAAGGAACGACACGGCGAGAGUCGACUGGCAGUGUCAGCGGGGGAAGCAAGAGCGAUCAAAAGAACUCGCGGGACUCUCCUGCAUCUGGUAAAGAGGUGCUGGCGCAACCAAGCAAGAACACGGCUCCUGUAGGGAGCGUGACGCAGACCACGACGCGACCUCUGCAUGAGAGGCUGUCUGAGCACCUUCAAAAUCAGUAUCCCGCACCCCUUACCACUGGAUCGCCAGGUGCUCUCAUUAUGCCACCAAAGAGCUCUCUUUCAACAGGUGGCCUCAUUGCGCCACCUAGAAGCGCUUUUCAUACGAGUGCCGGUGGUACGACACGUUGUAUUACUAGUGACAUAAACGUAAAGGUAAAGGCAACAAGUACGGCGAGAACUAUUCCUAUUUCGCCGUAUCAAGCAUUUUCUGGCGAACCGGCAGCGGGACCUGCAACUGCCGCGGCACAUCCUGUGGAACCCGGCUCGACUGCAGUUGAUGAAAAACCUCUCUUUGAAGGCGGGCCACUUUCUGCGACAAUUCUACCGGGUCCCGGUACAGUUACAGCACCUUCUACAACUAAUACAUUAGCCCGCAAUGUGCUGACUGCGACCGAAGGUGGCCUUCUCGACUACAACGCUCUGACUCGAGCGUUCCAGAGUACGAGAGCAGUUGCGAAGCAGGAUACAGAAGAUAGACAUAGAACAAGUACAACUCCUGCUAACAGUUCUGCUCUUGCUGCUUCUUCAUCUGCUGCUCCUGCAGGAGCAGCUGGAAAUCCACCAAAGGCAUCUGCUUCGACUUCUUCCAACGCAUUGGAGAAAAAGAAAAAGUAUGGUCCGUGUAACAAGAAGCAAAAGAAGGCACUGAAGAUGAAUGAGGGUGGAGAUGGAGCCGUCCUCCAAGCAGGCCAUCAACACUCAGUAGCAAACAAGACAUCUUCUUCAGCCUCAGGCAUUUUUGCGACCGUCAAGAGUAAUAAAGCCACCCGCAACGCCAGUCGAAGAGCCCGAUAUCGCAUCCGAAAAAGGGAAAUCAAGCAGAGGAAGAUGGGGGAUGCGGUUGCAAAGAGGGAGAAGAAGCUGAGCAAGAAGAAAAACGGACCGAAACAGCCUCUAGCACAGCACGAAAUGAUGAAUCCGUUCAUAGAUAGUGGCACGGCUGAUGGCGAUGCUGAUCAGCAGGAGGAUGGCGACCACAAUAGAGACGGAUCUUCGGAUGAAGAAGAAGAUGAUGAUUCUAGUGGGAGUGCGAGCAGUGAUGAUGACAAAGGAGCAGAAGACAAUGAAGACAACAGCUCAUCCUCCUCUAGUGACGAAGAGGAACAAGAGGGUGGCAGUAGUGGUUGUGCCGAGGGAGCUGAGCCUGCUGAAGAAGACGAAGCCCCCCUCGAUGAUGAUAGCAGUUCCUCUGCUAAUGAAGCAGAACAAGAACAAGAGGCCCCAUUACAGGACGAAGCAGAUGUUGCAGGAGGGGCAGCGGGAGACGAGGUCCUAGAAGCCGAGGGUAAUAAGAAUAUUGACGAUGGUUUCAACCCGUUCCAAGAUUUUACCACUUUGGCAGGCAUGUUCCCAGCACAAGAAGAUGAUGAAGGGUCAGAACUACAUCUCGAUGGUGCGCCUCAACUUUUACCAGCAGAAGCAGUAGAGAAUAACAAAGAAGAACAACUACUUCGUAGCGAUCCCGGUCAACUACAGGAGCAAGAACAAAAAGAGAAAUUAUUCGGUCUUUUCGACGAUCGACCAUUGCUAAAUGAAAGUGGUGAGGAUGGUGAUCUGCGACUUGAUGACGACGAAGAUUCUCUCGGCCCUGACACCGCCGCAGGAAUGGCGGCUCUUCUUGGUGGGGAUGUUGGACGCAAAACAACAAAGAAAACUACGCAAAGAGUAGAUUAUGGUGCUCUUCAUCAGAACAAACAUCCUCCUAGCGCAACAUCAACAUCAUCUUCAUCAAGCAGUAGCCAACCCCAGCUGGCCGUUUCUGGUCCUGGUGUUCCAGUCCCCCCGGGCUCCUGUCCUCCCGCCGUUGGAGCUGCGCUACUUGCAUGGGGUGGCGUUCCUGCUACAUGCUCGUCGUCAUCAUCGGCAUCUCAUCCUGUAUUCCAAGCGACAUGGCAUGCUCCUCUGCAAGGUCACGCGCCGUCCUCCACUUCGUCUUCACCGGUAGUUGGUGUCGUUCCGCAACCUCGGCAUGGCGGGCCUGCUCCAGUCGGAAUGGUCCCUCAAGUAGGAGCGGUGCCGGUCCCAGUCGGUGCUCCGCCUGGAGUCGUCCCUCCAGGAGUUCGAGUUCCUCGAGCGCCGCUCAUGGUUCCUGUGCCUGCAAAAGGUGGAAUGAUGUUCCCGCAGCCGCAACCUCCGCGACCAGUAGUGGUCAUGCCGUUACCGGGUACUGUUGGGCCGACGUAUGUUACAAAUUUCCCUCCUGCUCCCAAACUCCCUUCUCCUCCCGCACCGACGCCGUUGCCGCCCGCUUUAAACACGAGGCUGCAGCGGUUGCUGGCGCAUUCACCUUACGUGCAGGACACCUUCAAGACCGGGCCAAACUACCGACAUGACACAAUGACGAAGCCCGAAAAAAAGUGGCUGCGCGAGAGAACUGAUGUUAUGGCCAGCUUUUACCCACCCUUCUCAGCAUCUAGGUAUCCCUCUGCCUUGUAUUCAUAAACAAUACAAGGGAAGAUAGGUGGUCGAGAUGAGGGGACCGAGAUGAAUACGCGCUGCCUCUAAAUCUGACCAGCAAAUCCUCAGACGAAGACCGAACCUGAGGUAUUUGGCGAACAACAAAUACCGUGAGACGUCAGAAUACGGUAUGUGGGUCGAGUCGCGCGAGAGGCAUCUCACCGAUGGCCAAAUCCUCGAUGUGCUCAACGAGUUCUGGGAAGUCAAGGAACACAAGGCGAUGGCUUCAACAGAGUUGGGCGCAGCCCUGUGUGUCUUUUUGUGCAAGCAUCCAGUAACGAAGGACUUCUUGAAAACAGCCGCCAUCUUGUGGGAAAAAGAGCGCACCAAAGUAGGGAUGACGGCCCGAAGGGAUGGCCGCGGUAACCACCUCUACCAGACUAUGUGUACUGGCAAAAAUGCCCUACCACACCACAAACAGCCACUUCCGGUGUGGGAUGCGUUGCAGGACUUUUCCUUGGAUUUGAACAAGUGGGUAGCAAGCCGGAAUAUUAAUGUAGUUGUACCAAACGUAUAUGGACUCUCCAAAGACAUCCAGUGGCUGCACGAAUUCCCGAAAAAUAAGAAGGCCCCGCUAAGACUGGCCGGCCAUGGGACUUCAAAUUAGGGCGAGAACGUAGUCUCUAUCUCUUUAUAUAAAUAUGUACCAGGGAGGGAGGCCCCUCCCUCCCCCCUGUGGAUGGAGGUGGGGUGGCGUCGGCGCGCCCUUUAUUCCGCGGUGGUGUGGGGAUUCCCGGUGGCGAAGGCCUCAAAAAGCGGAGCCGGAGCCCCCUCACGGGUCUCCGCGUGUACCUCACAGGCGUCCCGACGCUUGGAGCCUAUCAGGGGGACGGCCUCCAGGGGUAGAAGGCGGCCGCGGUCGCGAGGCCUGGCCCCUUUUGCUGGGUUGCCCUCAUCCCCCCAAUUUGCGGCAGCGUCAGCCGCCACCAAAUGCCAGGGGGGUUGCGGACCAAAGGCGAGGCGGAGUGGGGGCAACGCGUGCCCGCGUGGGUUCUGUCGGACACAUGCAGCACGGCGAAGGGGGUCAAGCCUUGCCACCUGCUGCCCUCGAAGGCCUCCCAUUCCCCGGGAAGUUCCCCCAUUGAGGAGCCCGCACACCGGGGGGAGGUCGGUCGGGGACAUGCAACACGGCAAGGGGGUCAAGCCUUGUCAUCUCUGCUGCCUUCGGAGGCCUUUCACUCCCGGCCGUCGGUGCUUGAACGGCCUCAAGGGUUUGGGCUCUGUAGGGUACAGGCAAGAAGCCGCGAGGGCGUGAAGGUGGGCGUUUGGAGGCUUUCCCGCCUGGCAGUCUAUCGGGGAAAAGGGUCCGGGGCUGGAGGCCCCCCCGCCGCCUCCUUAGCUCGGGGCGCGCAUUCAGCCUUGAGCCCUGGAACAGAUGUAAUACCCUCGUCUUUACUUGUUGCAUUUGAAUGACUAUGACUCUCUUCAUCCUUGUUCUUCAGUGAUCAAAUCUCGAAUUUUGGAGAUGUGUAUCUGUGUACGUGAUUGUGAUUCUGGUUACUAAUCAUGAAUGAUCCUCACGCAGUGCCUCUGCCUUCUCAAAUACUAGAUGUUACUCGAUCCUCAGUUCAGACUCAAAAUGAAUCAUCAAGCUUGAUAGAACGCGCUAAGUAGAGAAACAAAAGGGAGGAAAGAAGAACAAGGAAAACAAAGCGGGAAAAAGGGGCGGAAAAGGCGGAAAGAAAAACAAGAAGAACAAAGCUGUGGCGAAGCCAGGAGCUGGAACGAGUUCGAAUUCUUUGCCGCUCGGUGGAUAGCGGCCUGCCCACUUGGAUAGCGAUUUCACCAUUUUUUGAUUAGACGACAACGAGACGACUCCGCAUGCUUGUGCGCUGCCCGUAUCCAAUCAUGUAGUGAGUCUCUAGUACAGAAUGAAUUACAAGGGAGCUCCUUGAGGUCGAAUCUGCGUUUUUUUUUCGGUGUGAAGCAAGCUAAGUACUUAAUUCUUGUUGCGCAGAUGUGUCUUCACUCUUUCUAUUGAUUCAAACAAGAGAGGAAGUCCUAGUCGACGGAAAAUCCUCUGCGUAUUUGGUUAUGACGAGGUCAAACUCGAAAAACGCGAUUGUCUCUACAUUGACCGAUUAAUGUUCGCUUGCAGUUGCAGGAAAGAACCUGUUCAAGAAUGUGAUGCGUUACUUAUUCGAGAAAAUGAAGAUGAUCAUAUAUAAAUAUAAGUUUUAGCAUACAGGAACGAAUACUGCCGAAUAAGAUCAUCUUGAAGGAAAGAUCCAUAGGUGCUUCUGCGACCGCUGUGC